AUGUCGCGGAUACAGAUCCCCCUCGACAUCCUGACGUCGCGGUUGAAUCUUGGAGAUAGAUUCGCUGGUGUGCGAUCGACGUCGAUAAGCACACGAUUCGCCAACCUGAAGCCGAUCUCUGAGUUCCUUGAUCUCAAGAGACUGUCAAAGCCUGCAAACUUCAGCGAAAUCCAGUCAAGGGUUAACUACAACCUUGGCCACUUCUCUAGCAACUAUGCUGUCGUUUUCCUGAUGCUCAGCAUCUACAGCUUGCUGACCAACAUGCUCCUGCUGUUUGUCAUCGUACUUGUUGUAGGUGGCAUGUGGGGAAUUGGCAAGCUGGAUGGCAGAGAUCUAAGUAUCGGUUCUUUCAAAGCUACCUCGUCACAACUAUACACUGGACUGCUCGUCAUCGCAGUUCCUCUUGGGAUCUUUGCAUCUCCAAUUUCAACAAUACUAUGGCUCAUCGGCGCAAGCGGAGUGAGCAUCUUGGGACACGCCUCAUUGAUGGACAAACCGAUCGAUGAGGCUUUUUCCGGGGAGGCGGUCUAG